GGCUCCAGACACCUGGAUGGAGGAUAGCAAAAUUGGUCCCCUGCGAAGUGCCAAGUGCCAACCUCUAAACAGGAAAGAGAAUAAUCUUUGACUCAGAAGAAGACAUUUUCCCAUCCACAUCUGCUGCUGCUGCAACUUGGUGUCGCUUCGCAAGGGGGAAAACCUCUGCUCACCUGCUCCGACCUCGCCUCGUCGCCGACGGUCCCAUCUUCCAAUCAAGUCCAAGGGACGAAAGCCUCCACCUUGCUGCCUUCUUUCUCCGUCCCCUUUUCCGCCGACUUCAUCGUUGCCGCCUCGACGCAACUGCUUCAUCUAAGCCCGGAUCCAUUCUCCCCGCAUCCUUGUGGCCCAUCUUCAGCUGCAGAUGAUUUGGGGGUGCUCUCUGGAUUUUGCUUUUCAGAGGAAGAAGAGGGUAUUGAUUUCUGCUAUGUGAUUGAUUUCCAUAUCCAGGCUCCGGAAUCGGGGGUUCUUAUUAGGAAAUAAUAGCUGCUGGGAUGUGGAUGGAAGAAAGAGCAAAUGUACUAGAAUGAAACUGGUGCGUCUAGACGAUCAAAAAGUUUGAUACUUGUGGUGAUAUUAUGGCGUCUGCUAGCCUUGGCAACGGGGGAGUUGGGAGCUCAAGGUCUGUCAAAAAUGGGUUCAAGAGUUCAUCGAGUUCUGUUGAUUGGCUGGGCAGAGAGAUGCAUGAGAUGCGGUUGAGGGAUAAGGUGGACCAUGAUGAUGAUAGGGAUAGUGAACCUGACAUAAUUGAUGGUGUGGGUGCAGAAGCAGGACAUGUCAUAGGAACCACUGUGGGUGGUCGAAAUGGUCAAUCUAGUCGAUAAAUUAUAUAGCAGAGCAUGUGGUUGGAACUGGUUCUUUCGGUACUGUCUUUCAAGCAAAAUGUAGGGAAACUGGGGAGAUUGUUGCUAUCAAGAAAGUUCUUCAGGACAAACGUUAUAAGAACAGGGAGUUACAGAUAAUGCAAAUGCUGGAUCACCCAAAUAUUGUGGGCCUCAAGCACUCAUUUUUCUCAACUACUGACAAGGAAGAGCUUUACCUUAAUCUUGUACUGGAAUAUGUUCCUGAAACUCUGAAUCGUAUAGCAAGAAACUACAACAGGGUCAACCAGCGAAUGCCAUUAAUCUAUGUGAAGCUGUACACAUACCAGGUGUGUGAUCUAUCGAUACCUUUGUCCUUGAACUUCUUUAACCAUGUUUUGUUGGAUCAGAUCUGCAGGGCACUCGCGUAUAUGCACAAUUGCAUUGGUAUCUGUCAUCGUGACAUCAAGCCUCAAAACCUAUUGGUGAAUCCACACACUCAUCAGUUGAAGCUUUGUGAUUUCGGAAGUGCAAAAGUGCUAGUGAAAGGAGAAGCCAAUGUCUCCUACAUCUGCUCACGAUACUAUCGUGCCCCAGAACUCAUAUUUGGUGCCACUGAGUACACAACUGCCAUCGAUAUAUGGUCCACUGGUUGUGUGAUGGCUGAAUUGCUCCUUGGACAGCCAUUGUUUCCUGGUGAAAGUGGAGUAGAUCAACUAGUUGAGAUCAUUAAGGUUCUAGGAACACCAACCCGGGAAGAGAUAAAGUGCAUGAAUCCAAACUACACUGAAUUUAAGUUCCCACAGAUAAAACCUCAUCCAUGGCACAAGGUGUUCCAAAAACGGUUACCUCCAGAAGCAGUCGAUCUUUUGUGCAGGUUCUUUCAGUAUUCUCCCAAUCUCCGCUGCACAGCUCUGGAAGCAUACAUUCAUCCUUUCUUUGAUGAACUAAGAGAUCCAAGCACACGCCUCCCCAACGGCCGCCCUCUUCCUCCAUUGUUCAACUUUAAACCCCAAGAGUUAUCGGGGAUUCCUACUGAUAUGGUGAACAAGCUAAUACCAGAGCAUGCUCGUAAGCACAACUUAUUUAUGGCUCUCCACUCCUAAUCCUAAGCAAUUACACCAUCAUCUAUCUGCCCCAUCCUGUGUCAUUGUCCAUGCGGGUCAAAUGGUUACGAGGCACUCGUUUUUCGCCCAAUCCUUUUUCGGUUGUGCUUCCAUGUUUGUUGCUUGUCCGAGUUUUUGGUUCCCAGAGUAUUAGCUGUAUUAUUAGGGUUUUCUGUACCAAAAUGCCCCAUCACACUUUGUGUAUGACAUAUAUAUAUUGUUACUAGUGUGAAUAAUCUGAAAGGCAUGGUGACUGAUCGGAGUAAUGCAAUAUAGUGAACUGAAAUUAGAUGUCUCGAAUGGAGAAAGUGCUUAACUUAUCUGUCUUGGUUGAUUGUGAGCUGAAGCCUGAGGGGGAUGCUCUGCUCAUUCAUUUCAUCGUGGUUGCGUGCUGACAUUUGUCUUAAGCUAGAUGUUCUUUAGUCGAUUCUCUUGUGUUUUUCCAUGGUUGAAUAGACGAGGAG